GAGUGAUUCGUGAGAGUUACCUGAAGGGUCACGAUCAGCUGGUGCCAGUCACCCUGUUGGCCAUUGCUGUUAUUCUUGCUUUUGUCAUGGGAGCUGUCUUUUCGGGAAUCGUAGUGUACUGCAUCUGCGACCAUCGCCGUAGAGACGUGGCUGUUGUGCAGAGGAAGGAGAAGGAGCUGCCCCCCCCCCGCCGCAGCUCCAUGAGCAGUGUUACCAAGCUCAGCGGCCUCUUUGGGGAUGCUCAGUCCAAGGAGCCGAAGCCUGAAGCUAUCCUCACGCCUCUGAUGCACAAUGGCAAGCUGGCUACCCCAGGCAGCACUGCCAAGAUGCUAAUCAAAGCUGACCAGCACCAUCUGGACCUGGCCGCCCUGCCAACCCCCGAGUCCACCCCAACCCUGCAACAGAAGAGAAAGCCCAGCCGUGGCAGCAGGGAAUGGGAGAGAAACCAGAACCUCAUUAAUGCCUGCACAAAAGAUAUCCCUCCAAUGGCCUCGCCCGUGAUCCCAACCGACCUGCCGCUCAGGGCUUCUCCUAGCCACAUUCCCAGUGUUGUGGUCCUGCCCAUAGCCCAGCAAGGCUACCAGCAUGAGUAUGUUGACCAGCCAAAAAUGAGCGAUGGGGCUCAGAUGACUGUGGAGGACCAGAAUGCCACCCUUGAGUACAAAACUAUCAAGGACCAUCUCAGUAGCAAAAGCCCCAGCCACGGGGUUAACCUGGUGGAAAAUCUUGACAGUGUGCCACCAAAAGUACCCCAGCGGGAAGCUUCCCUCGGGCCCCCGAGCGCCUCACUGUCGCAGAGUGGCCUGAGCAAGCGGCUGGAAAUGCACUCUUCUGCUUACAAUGUGGACUACAAGAGAAGUUACCCUACAAACUCACUCACGAGAAGUCACCAGACAUCGACCCUCAAAAGAAACAACACUAACUCCUCUAACUCGUCCCACCUCUCCCGCAAUCAGAGCUUUGGCCGGGGUGACAACCCACCACCGGCCCCGCAGCGGGUGGACUCCAUACAAGUCCACGCUGCACAGGCGCAGGCUGUGACUGUAUCUCGGCAGCCGAGUCUCACCACCUACAACUCGCUGACGAGGUCAGGGUUGAAACGCACGCCCUCGCUAAAGCCAGACGUACCUCCCAAACCUUCCUUUGCCCCACUCUCCACAUCCAUGAAGCCCAACGAUGCGUGUACAUAAUCAGAAUGGGGUGGGGCGGGGAGGACAGCAAUUAGGCAGAGGUUGCCCUUGAAAGCCAGUGUUUUGCAACUGUUAUCACUCACUCCUCUGAGAAGAUGGUUGUUGCAAGCUGAAGAUGUGUUGGAUUUCUGCUCUCUGGGAAAAG